CUCCGGCUCCGGGUGAACGGCGGUGGGCGGAGCGGCGAGGCGGGGCGGAGCGGCGUGCGGGCCAUGAUCGAGAUGGCUGCCGAACCCGACGCCUUCCGGGCCCCUCCGCCUCCGUUGCGGUCGGGAGAACCGCCGGGAGGACCUCCGCCGGGCCCCGCCGCUCCCACCGGGCCUCCGCGGCGAAGAGGCCGUGAGGAAGGGGAGGGCGGCGGGGAGGCCCCGAGACCGCGGAACGGCUUCCGAGCGGCAGGAGGAGGAGGAGGAGGAGGAGGGGGCGGGGGGGGGAAGCGGCGGAGCAGCUGCGCCGGUCCGAAACAACCGCCGUGGAAACGGCGCCGGAGAGCGACGUCGGAAUGCGACCCGGCGCUGCCGUCCGAGUUUCUGCUGGGGGGAAACAUCUUCGACCCGCUGAACCUCAACAGCCUCCUGGACGAGGAGGUGAGCCGAGCUCUGAACGCCCGCACCCCGCAAUCCUCCCCGCUCCCCGCCCGCGGCCGCGACCCCGUGGAGAUCCUCAUCCCCCGCGACAUCACCGACCCGCUCAGCCUCAACGCCCCGGGUGGGGGGGACGACGACGGGCUCCGUUUGGCUUCCCCGGCCAAAGCGACGAGGCGUCGGCAUCGCCACCGCGGCCAGCAGCGAGCCAACAACAGCACCAGCGGCGCGGCCAACAGCGGCGCGGAGCCGGAGAGCCGAACCGAGCACGGCAACGCGGCCGGCGGCGGCACCGGCAGCACCGCCUGCUCCAACAGCCGGCACCGCAAGAGGAGGAGGACUUGCAGUAAAUCGGAGCCCGGCCGCCCCGCGGCGUCACCGGAGAAAGGGAAAAACGGCAACGGAGGCAGCAAAAGCUCGGCGGCGACAACGGCGGCUCGGAGGCGUAAAACCCAAAAGUUCCAAUACGGGAAUUAUUGUAAAUAUUACGGCUACCGCAACCCGGAUUGCGAGGACGGCAGGUUGAAGGCGAUGAAAGCCGAGUGGUUCGCCGGCAAGGAGGUGUUGGAUGUGGGGUGCAACGUGGGCCACGUGACGCUGAGCAUCGCCAAACGCUGGGGGCCCAGCAGGGUGGUGGGGUUGGACAUUGACGGAGCCCUGAUCCGCUCGGCCCGGCAGAACAUCCGGCAUUAUUUGUCCGAGGAAAUGGCCGCGGCGGAGGGCGGGGGGAGGAAGGGGUUCCCGGCG